GUGCGUGCGUGCGGGCGGGCGGGCGUGCGGGCGUGCGUGCGUGCGUGCGUGCGUGUGUGUGUGUGCGUGUGCGUAUAUGGGAGCGAGAGGGAGAGACGAAUGUAAAAAAGAAGAUCCGGGAAAUUCAUUCGCGUGGAAUUGUACACCUCUCUCACGUACGUUACGUACGUACGUACGUGCAUGCGUACGUACGUCCGGCCAUUCGGUAGUACAUACAAGCGGCAAAUGAAAAGUACGACGAUCGUAAACAAAAGCAUUGACUCCUAUAUAAUACGGUAAAAGGCAGGAAAGAGAGAGAGAGAGAGAGGGAGAGAAAGAGAGAGAAUACUCAUGACACAUAUAAAUACGUUAGAUAUCGUGUUUUAUGAACGGAUUUGGAGUAAAGAGGAAAGAAAAGGCAAGUCGAUCGACAGCGAGUGAGCGAAAAGAAAGUAGAAGAGGCUGUACGACGCGUUUCGUCGCUGGACGGAACGGUCAGAUCUGGAUCUGGCGCGUUUUGCCGGUGUGCCACGCCGCGGGCUCUCUCUCUCUCUCUCUCUCUCUCUCUCGCUCUCGCUCUCGCUCUCGCUCUCUCUCCCUCUUUCUCUCUCCCUCUCCCCCUUUCUCUCUGCAAGUAACAGUACUUCCUCGCGCUCCAUGGAGUAAACCUCUCUCCGAAGAACGGGACCCAACGCUGCCGUGUCCGCUCACCAUACCACACUCCUCUCGUCGUGCCUCCCUCUCGGCUCCGUCUCGUCUCUCUCACGAGUCCCUUGUGUGGUGCCUCCCUCGCGCCUCCCUCGCGGUCGCAACGAAGCAGUCCGGCUGGUCGGGUCGAGAGGUUUCACGUAAAACCAGUCCUCUACCCUUUCCUUCCCUCCCCCCCUCCCACCAUCACCACCACCCUGUUUCUCCUUCGAACGGAUCGCGAGUUACUCCCUCCUUUACCGACACGAGGAGGACACCUUUCGUCAACUGGCACCUGCCGACCGACUCCUCGAACCUCGUCUUCCUUUCGAUCGUCUUACAAUCACAAGACCUUUUCUAUUUCUUAUCGAUUUCUUCUCCGUUUAAAAUUAUACGAAAUUCAUGGGAGUAUUGAACGACUUUUCAAUGACUAUCGAAACGUUCCUCGUUUAUCCAUAAUCGUAAAGAAAAAUACAUAUGUUUAUCACGGAUAUAGAAGAGGUAUAGAUUAUAUUUGAUCGAGAAAAGAGAGUGCUCCCUUUGUUUUAAAGAUCAUCGUCAUGAAUGUAACGCGACAUUGUCACACGGCUUUACGCAUUUCCAAACGAGAGUGAGAAAAAGGAUCGAAGGGAUUGAGACUAAAGGGCUGGGGAGAGGAAAGCGCUUGGGACGCGUAAAAAAUGAGCGAGAGACGAGUUUAGUAGAGCCGUUGUUAACAACAACGAGAACGGCACGAGUAGAGUGUAAAAAGGGGCGGGAGGGGGGUGCCCUGUGUAUGCUCGUCCGUCGGCCGAGCGGAGAAGGCGGCAUAAGCGUAAGCGAGUUUGCCAAGGAGAGAAAGGAGGGAAGUUUACGCGGCCACUUUUGCGGCCAUAACUAACCUCCUCGAGUAGUGGCUCACGAAGCUUUCUCAUUGUCAGUCGGGGCUAGCGCAAAGUUCGAAGGAACGUGCGCGCGUUUCCCACCCACUUUUCAAAUGACCGCGAAGAGAGAUAUGGAUGUCCAUUGCAUCGGUGCGUGAAACUGAUAUUGUUUUCUUCCUUUCUCGAAAGGCAAUCGAUAUUUGUGCGCUUCAUCGAAUAUAUACCGGACGCGACUCCUGCUCGUAGGUAACACGGGGCACGAUCCUUUUAUCAUCGUUUGUUUUCAUUCGUUCGUUAGAAAACUGUGCACGCGCCGAUCCAGCCCCGUUAGAUCGAGGAAAGUGAUACUGCUCGCGAGUGAAACAGGAGGAGAGACGCCUUUCCGGCCUUUCUUUUUCUCUCUCCGUCUUUCUCGAAAAGUGAUCGAUCAGUGGCGGCCACAUCAGCGGCGAGAAGGCGUGAAGAAGAACCUUUUCAAGGACUACAGAGACUCCUAUUUAUCAGGGAAAGAGAUAGAUAGAUAGAUAGAGAGAGAGAGAGAGAGAGAGAAAGAGGAAUAGUUUGACGAGCCAUGAAGACCAUAAGGGCAAGUAAUUUCAGGUACGUAUCGCAGGCAAGAUCAAGAAGAUGGAAACACUCAAUAGUUUUAUAACGGAAAAUCUAUUCCACAAAAAGCGAUCCAUUGCUAGUCUACGCAAAGAUUCAUAUCUUCGAAUCGCCUUGGGAAGUAGCAGCAGUUUCGACGAAACAUCGAUGGACAGCUACCCGUUGGUGACGGUAACGGAAGAUAGGGUAAACGAUUUUUCAGAGGAAGUGAUAAAAGAAGGAAAUGAUGUGGAAGUGACAUCAUUGGAGGAAGCGAAAUCAGUGAUAGCAGCGCUUAGGGCGAAACAGAGGGCACAGGCACAUCAAAUGCUAGCUUGGCGGAGGACGCUUAAAUUGCAGGAGGAGCUUGUGGCGCGACUAACGAGAGAGAAGGCCGAACAAUUAUGCACAUUGUCUUCGCAACUAUUUCUCUUCGAAUCGCGACUUUGUCGGAAGCAGAAAGAAAUCGAGGCGAGCCUGGUGCAACGGGAAUCGAUUAUUCUCAGGCAACAAAGAGUGAUACGGCAGUUGCAAAGUAGACUGGCGGAAAGGAGUGGUACAGGUACGAGAGACUCUCCUCCAUGCGAUGCUCUCGACAGACUGGACAGUCUCGGAGACAGCGACAGCGCCGUUGUACUCGAGGAGGCCGCGGACGACCCGGCACCACCGAGAUUUCGUUCGAACAUCACGGACGUAACAGUUAUACGAUCGGUAUCGGAUGCGGUCGAGCCGUCGAGCAAGUAUUCAUCGAUGCGAAGAUGCAAUGGUUUUCUACGUAGACCGGAAAUCUUGGAAACCGUGUAUUCGGUAGAAGAGGAUGGCGAUAGUGAAAGCAACCAGGAACCAUCCGAAUCUACAGAAAAUUACGAGUGCGAUGAGAGGCGGACGAAGAACUUUGGAAAUGGGAAGGGCAGACUGCAGGAGCUUUACGGUAGCUUCGAGAGACUGGCACAGGAAGCUGAUUCUCUGGAAAGUGAAAGACCAAGAGACGAGAGCCAACAAGCUCAGGUGACGUACAAUAGAGUAAUGAGUAAUCACAGGUCGGUGACAAAGCCAAAAGACGUAAAAUAUAAGAGGAUAAAUAAGGCAAAAUCAAAGAGUUUGGAGGAGCUCAGAGGAAGACUAAGAAAUUGGGUAGAGAAAGGAAAUAAAAUAGCUAUAUCAUUAGAUCAAUCUUACGCUUGAACUUGUUCCAUGAAAGUAUUUAAAUUAUUUUUCCGAAGAUUUAUAAAUUAUUAUCACCGUCGCGAAUGAGAAAUACCGUCGAUAGUUCGCGUUCGGUUCUACGAAAUCUGUGGUAAUUCUUUCCUACUUAGGCGGUGUGCUAAUGCUACACAUUCUAUCGAAAUUUCAUCCUUCCAUGUGAUAUUUACUCUAGUAUGAUGAUAUCGUGCAUGGUUUAUGCCGAUAAAAUUGACGAGUGUGAUGAGAGAGAGAGAGAGAGAGAGAGAGAGAGAGAGAGAGAGAGAGAGAGAGAGAGAGAGAGAGAGAGAGAGAGAGAGAGAAAAGGACCGCUUUAAAGAUAUAUGUGAUAUGAAUAGACAUGUGACCGAUGCGUCGGUAGUGUCUUAUAUUAUUAUAUGCGAAACUCUAUUAUUUAACUAAUGAAAGUUCGACUCUCGACAAAAGAACGAUCGUUCUGGUAUAUACAAAUUUCUAACAACUAAAUUCUCCCUUUCCUGCCUUCCUAAUCAAUUUUUGUAAUAAGUUCAGGCGCAUUUAACGCGCGUGUCAUUGCAUAUUUUUCAUCGCCGAUUUUAUAUCUUGUCAUAAUAAUCAAUUAAUUCGAGCUUAUUUAUCUAGAAUAUUUAUUCAACUAUUUUCAAGUUGAAAAUAUUUAUUUCGAAAUGUUAAACAACUUUUUCUUCUCUUUACUACUUUGCUACUAAUGAGUCGCAUUUAAAUACGAUUCAUUGCAAAGCAUCAAGUAUAUAAUAUUGCAAGGCGUUAUGUAUCAUCGUAAAUCGAACAUCUUUGUCAAUUAAAAAUAUUACUGUGCGUUCAA